AUGUCCCGAAGGAUUGAUACACAUGGCUGUCAGAGUUACGGUACAACACCAUAUAUUGAAGAGAUAUUCGUGGGUAGAUGCUGGGACUACCAAUAUGUGUACAACGACGAAUCAUGCAUGGUUCGUGACGUGAAAAAUUGCUCAGAACUAUGGCAAUUAUUCCGUAGUGGUUUUGCAUAUCGUGAUCCGUGUAACGUGACUGGUGACUUGUACAAAGAUUUCGCUGAAGCUGCCAUGCAUGACGUUGGCGUCGAUAAGACUAUGUUCUGGUCGGGUACCUAUUUUGCUGCACAUGCGUAUAGCGCACUGAGUCAAAGGCUGACUACAUUAGAAGACACAUUGACGGGUUACGUGGCACAACAAUUGAUCUGGUGUGGUCAGACAGACGAUCCAGGCAUCAACUACAUGUCAUGCAAUGAAAGGUGCUAUCGUUCAGCGGAAGAAGCUUUUUGGGGAGUUGCAUCAACUGCGUUUGCCCGUCAAGCUAAAGGCGAAGUGUUCACUUUAUUGAAUGGUUCCAGGCCCGAAGGUGCAUUCAAAAAUGAUAGUUAUUUUGCCAAAUAUGAACUCCCAAACCUGGACCAAGGUCAAGUCACGAUGAUCAAUAUAGUAGUUAUACAUAGCUUGGAUACCCCGGCUACGGAAACCUGUGAUACGGGGUCAAUUUUAGACUUGAAGGAGAUUAUAACCCAGUACGGUUUUAGGUAUACCUGCACAGAUGACCCUAAGUAA